AAUUAAAAUAAAAAAAAAUAAAAACCGUUCUGAGCAAAACCCAACUCAGUAACGAGUCACUAGACUGAAGAGGUCAGAGUAGUCAGCAGCAGCUGUCUCAUUCAUCGUUGGGUUCAGAUUCGGGGCUCCACAACCCGAAUCAUAACUCACACCACCCACCCACUGACAUAGAUACUCCUCCUAUAGAUAUAAUAGAUUGGAACGACAGAGACUUCAUUUUACGACCAUGACCAUGGAGGAAGACGAAGACGCCGAAAUAGAGCACGUGUAUAUCGCUCAUGAAAUUGAUCUCGAUUACGAGUUCGACGCAGCUCGUUUCUUUGAUUUCACUCGCCCAGAAACUCCCGAUGAAUCUUGUCAAGCUCAACUUUGGUUUCGAAAUGCCCCAAACUACCCUCCUUCUCCUUUUGUGACCAAGUUAGCGGCGAGAGAGGGAUUUCUCUUUGACGAUGUUGACGACUCGUUAGAAGCGGAAAAUGUUGAAUGUAAGAGUAAUGUGGAUGGUAAUGAUAAAGAACUUGUUCACGGUGUUCCUUCCGCUAUGGAAAUUUCCGACACUAUUAAUGGACUUACCUCUGGCAGUAAAGCAAUCAGUGGCAGUUUGAAUUCUAAUUUUAAACCUGCUGUGCCAAAGAGUUCAACAUCAAUGAAACCUACAGCUACUCAGUUGGCUAGGAAAAACUGCCCCGCUAAAAAAGUUGGUUCAAGAUUUCGGAAGCCACUAACUCAAAAUGAAAGGAAUAUAUCUAUCUCCUCUGGAGUAGAAAAUCAAGCUGCCAAACGGCAAAAAUUAGAGGGUGGUCAUUUGUGCAAGGUUACUGAUGUGAAGCAGCAAACUAAUUUUGUGCACAAGACACCUAAGAGGGCUGUCACUGUUGAGCAGAACUCUGCAUGUUCCAAGCUGAAGCUUACUAUUCCCCGAGAGCCUGACCUAAAAACAGCGCAUAGAGCACAAAGGAUAAGACCCCAAAUUGUUGGAGAGGCAGAGCACAUGACAGUGGCUGUCCCCAGGUUCAAAGCUCGCCCAUUAAACCGGAGGAUUCUUGAUGCUCCUUCGUUGCCACUUCCCAAAAGGAGCACUCCGCAAUUGCCAGAGUUUCGAGAAUUUCACUUGAAGACUUUGGAAAGGGCCAUGAAACACACAUCUGCUACCUCCUCUUCACUUCACGGCAAUGAUUCCGUUAAGGGUUGGGACAAGCAUACUUCUGCUCUAGAAAAUAGAAUCAAUUAUGUCAGAAGGCCUACUGCCAUGGGGGACCCAAAGCAUGAUGGAUUGAUUUUUAAAGCUCAGCCUCUUAUUAAGAAGAUCCAAUCUAGUAAAGAGCACGUUGGUGUUUUCCAGACAAACACGAAAGAAACAACAGUGUCAAUGGAAUUUGAUUCACACACUGAAAAGGGGAUUCAGCAUAACCCUCCUAUUGAACUAUUUAGCAAGUUGUCCCUGACAUCUGAAGGCCAGCCAGAUAAUGGAUCUCAUUUCAAACUGCCUCAGCAAUCCAGGAUGUGCAGAAAGGGGAAGGAUUCAAAAGAAAAUAUAUUAAAUUCUUUUCGUCCAGACCAAGAGGAGAAGGCUUUUACUUUUGGGGCAAAGCAAAAUCAUCAUGGAAAUGGUGGAUGUCUCAGUCUGGUAAAUGCUAGGAGGAGCUUGGGAAUUCGGUGAGAAUAGAGGAAAAUGUGCAACCAGCUUUAUUAUGGGCUUGAAUUUUGCAGCUGAUAUGUGUGAAGAUUGACAGUACAUAGUUGAAUCUGACAGACACCUAACUCUUUUCUGAUGAGAGAUGGUUCUUACUGUAAAAAGAAUCUUAGGAAGUUUUAGAAAUUAACAUGUCCAGGUGCAUAGCUUGUAUUUAACUGAUUCUGACCAUAGAUUCAUAAUCAUUAAAUGAAAAAGUAAAUCAUUAAAGGCAA